AGUAAAGAGACCAAAAGGUUCACACACAGUGCGUGCUCAAGAAGUCAAGUACAGAUAAACAAAUAUGAAGAUCGUGCUCGUUUUUGCUUCAUUUGCUGUCGCGGCGUAUGGCCAGCUCAGUGGCGGGAACUCAGACUGGUACUGCAAUAUUCUCAAGGACGAACACUGCGAACAACAUAUCUACGAACCGAGAUGUGGCACCGACCACGUUACCUACAGGAACAUGUGCGCAUUUGGCAAGGCCCACUGCCAGAACGACACCAUCAACCAGCUGCACGUGGGUCCGUGCGAUCUGAUGUCCAGCACUAGGAGUCCGGAACAGGUUAUUCACGGAAGCGAGAUCGCUAUGGACUACCAGUGUGUGUUGCUAGCCCACAGAGUUUGUGAGGCAACUUUGAAUGAGAAACUCUGCGGCACCGAUGGUGUAACAUACCCAACAUUCUGCGAGUACGAGAAAUCUCGCUGCCAGCACAGGGAUCUGCACGUCGCUAAACUCGGGGACUGCAACGCCUAGCCCGCCCGCUUUGUAGUUAUACCCAAAUAAAAUGUCGAAACAUU